GUUGGGGCCUCCAUUCGGGCCAAGAUCCCCUAGGCCACAGGGCCUGAGGGUGACGGCUGUGACCAGGGCCUGAAAUGGAGACUCCUGCAGAGUCAGAGAGGGCUGUGACUUGCCCCAGAUCACGCAGCACCACAGCUUCUGCCUGCAAAUCUCCCUCCCUGAGACAUGGGGUCAAGUGGAGGGAGCACAGGCCCUUAGAAGCCAUGAUCUUGGGAGAGUAAUCUCGGCAACUUCUGAGACCUUUAGUUCUGUGAUCUACAAGACAAGGCAUUGAGGUGGCUAGUUGGCGGAAAUGCGGUCUGUGACGUGUGCAGCCCUUGGCAGCCUUGCUCAAGGAUGUUCAUCUGCCUGGAGACGCUCCUGUGGCAGGGGAGUCUCCACAGCGUGCGGGAAACCCAAGGUGAUGGGGAGGAUCUCCGGCGGCCGGGACGUGGAGGCCGGCCAGUGGCCGUGGCAGGCCAGCCUGCAGUCCCAGGGCUCACACGUCUGUGGAGCCGUCCUCGUUAACUCCCGCUGGCUCCUCUCCACCGCCCACUGCUUUCUCAAGAAACCCAAAGCCCCGGAGAGCUACCGGGUUCUGUUAGGAAGCACCCAGCUGUACCAGCACGGCCCUCAGAGCCAGGAGGUACCCGUGAGCCGGAUCGUCACGCACCCAGACUUCGAGAAGCUGCAUCCCUUCGGGAGCGACAUCGCCAUGUUGCAGCUGCUUUCUCCUGUGAACUUCACCUCCUCCAUCGUCCCCGCCUGCCUCCCAGCCCCUGGCAUGAAGCUCCCCAGUAACUCGUCCUGCUGGAUAACCGGCUGGGGGAUGCUCAGCGAGGAAACUCCACUGCUCGAACCCUUCCAUCUCCAGGAGGGUAAGGUGAGCUUCAUUGAGAACAAGUUCUGUAAUAUGUUAUAUGGACAUGCGAAAGGCAAAAACUUCUCUGUGCACGAGGACAUGCUGUGUGCCGGGGACUUCUCCACGGGAAAGUCCAUCUGCCACCUGCCUCCAGACAGGUUCCUUCUCCACACAGCACCAGAGCAAGCCAGGUGCUCCGCACGAGCUGGACAGUGCUCCACGGGAGGCAACCCCAACCCCACCCUAAGGCCCUGGGAACCCGAGUCCGGUCUCCCCGCCCCGCUUCCCACGUGUCGUUGCUCCUCCUCCCGCCCGCCUGGCCAUCCCUCCUCUCCUCAUCUGCACUCCCUGCUCCCUCUGCGCCAGCAUCACAAAGUUGGGUUGUCCUGUUUGGAAUCUCAGCUCGGGAAAGCUCCGUGUCUCCACCCUAUGAACUGCCCUUCCCUUCCUGUCCUGUCCCUUCCAUGGCUUGCUUCCACAUGUCACGUCUGACGACGGCAGCCUGGUUGCCUUAUUCAGGAUAACUCCAUGAAGGAGGAGCCUUGACAUUUCACCCCUGUGCUCAAGGGCGGAAGCUGCCCUGAAUGCUGGACGUGCGUGUUGGACAAGCGUGUGGGAGGCAGAAGCACAGCUAUCCUGCUCCUCUCACCCUGCCUCCAGGGAUGACCCUUCCCUUUGGGUGAUGAAGUGAGAGGGUUUCCACCCAGGCGGUCCUGCCCUGACAGCAUUUCAGGACUCCAAUAGCUCCUAGCAGCUCUCAGGGGACCCUCAGCUGCUCCCUGACCAAUACAGGCUGCCUCCCCCAGGCCUGGGUAUGGGCACUUUCUGAAGAUGCUCAACCGAGAAGUUGAGAGAAAACUAAAGGACUGGCUGAACGAGUGGAAAAGGAGGAGGACCUGGGUGGGGACGUGCUGCUGCAGCUCCGAGUUCGCGAGACCCAGAUCGGCAGCAGCUUCGGCUGGCCAGGUGCCACUGUCAGACCAGCCCUCUUGAGCUCAAAUCCUGCAGCGGUCUGUCCCUUCUCGGCCUUGGACAGUGCUUUGUCCUGACCACCUCACCCUCCCUGGGCAUGUGAAAGUGAAGUGGCUCAGUCGUGUCCAACUCUUUGCACCCCCAUGGACUGUAGCCUCUGCCCAUGGGGUUUUCAGGGCAAGAGUACUGGAGUGGGUUGCCAUUUCCUAGGAUCCAUAUAUUGAUGGAUAUAAAUUUGUGAUUGUUUUGAGGGUCAAUCAGGACUUCCUGAAGCAUGAUUCCAGUGCCUGCCUGCAUGGCUUAAUUGUGCUGAUCUGCAGUGGGAAGUUGGUGAUUGGAAAUUCUCAGAAUGAGGCUGGAGGGCAGAGACUCAUAGGCCCCACCCUGCCACCUGGUCUUCUCAGAACUGGCUCAGUCACCCAUCUGAACUCCCGUUUCU